AUGUAUUUAAGAGCUUAUGACUUUAGGCAAAUUUCAAAGUCAUAUAUGAGCCAUUCUACUUUAUUUAUCAAGAGUGGUGCUGCUUGUCAACAAGCUCGAUCAUUAUGGCGUAUUGAAUGUUUUAAAAUCAAAUGGUACAGUGGUUUUGUUAGUUGGAGUUCAUUAGUUCGCCUUCGACAUGUUACAUCUGGUCUUUACUUAGCUGUUAUCAGUGAUGAAAAUGGUCCUAAAGUCACUCGUAUACCUAUGCGAGAAAAACAAGUCGAAGAAAAUCAAGAAGAAGAAGAUAAUUUACGUUUAUCAACAGUAAAAUAUGGUGAAACAAUUGUUUUCAUACGUCAUGUUGAUUCUGAUCUAUGGAUUAGUUAUGAAACACUUGAAUUAACUAUAAAAGGAAUUGGAAAAGUUGAAGAAAAACGAAUUAUCCCAGCUAUUGAAGGUCAUAUGGAUGAUUGCUUUCGACUUGUACGAGCUCAAGAAGAAGAGCAAAAAACAGCCUUAGUUAUUCGCAUAUGUAAUGCUAUUCUUGGAAGAUUUAAUCGAACUUACUCAAUGUCAUUUGAUUCUGAAGCAAUAAAUCAUUUAUUAAGUAAAAGUGAUGUUAUACAAGCACUUUUACAUGAUUUAAUUGGUUUUUUUUCUCAACCAUUAUCAUCACUUGAUCAUGAAGAAAGACAAUUACGUCUUAAAAUAUUACGAAAUCGACAAGAUUUAUUUCAAGAAGAAGGAAUGAUUCGAAUAUUAAUUGCAGCAAUAAAUUUUUUUAGUGAACGUCGAGAUAAAUCAACAUUAUUAGAAGGUGUUGAAGAAAAAAUCAAAGAUAUUACAAAUAAACUUUAUGUUGUUUUGGCUGCAUUAAUUAAAGGUAAUCGAGUUAAUUGUUCAAAUUUUGCUCAAAGUGCUCGACUUAAUUGGCUUGUUAAUCGUUUACAAUCCCAACAAGCAUCAAGUGGAGUAUUAGAAGUACUUCAUAGUGUACUUGUUGAUAGUCCAGAAGUAUUAAAUAUGAUUACAGAAUCACAUAUACUUGCAAUUAUUGGAUUACUUGAUAGAAAUGGUCGAGAUCCAAAAGUACUUGAUGUUUUAUGUUCACUUUGUGUUAAUAAUGGCGUAGCUGUUCGUGCUAAUCAAAAUCUUAUUUGGGAAAGUCUCGUACAAAGACGAGAUCUUCUUUUACAAACUGCUUUAGUUGAUCAUGUUACUUGGUGA